AUGGAGCCAGUGUUGGAGAGGUCUGUGGGUGGCUCCUCCAAUGCCAGCCUGGCAGUACCUCCUCUGAACCGCAGUGACCCAGUAGAGUUGUUCUCAGGUCUGCAGUUACUGCUGAGCUACCGCCCUCUGUUCAUCCCUCUCUACUGCCUCCUGGUGGCCGUGGCCUGUGUGGGCAACUCCCUCCUACUAGCAUGCAUCCUGGCUGACAAGAAACUCCACAACGCCACCAACUUCUUCAUAGGGAACCUGGCUGCAGGCGACCUGCUCAUGUGUCUGAGCUGUGUCCCUCUGACUGCCUCCUACGCCUUCGAGUCUGAGGGCUGGCUGUUUGGCCGGCCGCUCUGCCACCUGGUCCCCCUGCUGCAGACCUCCACCGUCUUUGUCUCUGUGCUGUCCCUCACGGCCAUCGCUGUGGACCGCUAUGUGGUGGUGGUUCACCCUGUGAGGAGGAGGAUCUCCCUGAGGGGGUGUGGGGCGCUGGCGGUGGGGAUGUGGCUUUUGUCCCUGCUCCUGGCAACUCCUCCUUCCCUCCACACGCGCUACGUAGACCUGCGUCCCAGCGGGUUGGAGCUGGUGGUGUGUGAGGAGUUCUGGCCAGACUCAGACCACCUGCGGCUGCUCUACUCCUUCUUCAUCCUGCUCACCUCCUACCUGCUUCCCCUGUUGUCGGUCAGUGUGGCCUACUGCGGCAUUACAGCCCGGCUCCGUCAGCGCUGUCUCCCUGGGGCGCCCUCCCACAGCCUGCAUCGCUGGAACAGGACGAAGAGGAAGACCUUCUCUUUGCUGGUACUGUCUGUGCUCUCCUUCGCCUUCUGCUGGCUGCCCUUGCAGGUACUCAACCUGCUACUGGACCUGGACCAGGACUUCCUUCUGGUGGGAAAACGCCACGUCAACCUGCUGCAGGUGUGCUGUCACCUGCUGGCCAUGAGCUCUGCCUGCUACAACCCCUUCAUCUACGCCUCGCUGCACAGCAAGGUGCGCUUGCGCCUCCGCGACUACCUGAGACCCCUGACUGGGCGGGGCCGCCAGAGCAGCCUGCUCUCCCAGCAUGCAUUACAGCACAACACUAACACCUGUCUCAGCAUGGUGUCUGAGCAGCCAAUCAGAGAGGAGCAGGAAGGGCCACAGACCAAUGCUGACAACUCCUUCUGA